AUGUUGAGAAUUUCGAUUGUUCCGGAUACGAAUGUUUUCAUACUGCAUUUAGAUAUGAUUAGAAAGCUGUAUGAGGAUGAGUUUCCGAUAGAUGUAUCAAUGUCUAUAUCGAAGGUUGUUCUACAAGAACUAGAUCACAACAAAGGUAAGAUGGCAGAGGCCAGAAAGGCCAUUAGGUUUCUUGAGAAGGUUUAUAAUGCGUCAAUUACGGAGCUUGAAGGAAAGCUCAAGGACAGCAGCAUGGAUGUUGUUGAUGGAGGCAAGCCUAUGCCUGAGGUGCAUAACAAUGACGACAAGAUCCUGAGCUUUGCAUCAAAGCAGAUCCAUCCAGUUGUUUUGACAAGUGACAAGGCGUUUUAUCUGAAGUCGAAGUGCUAUAAUGUUGAGUCGAUUCUGAUGCAGAGCCUGUCGUAUGAACAGCUGAAGAUCAAGAUUUUAGGGAUUUAUACGGGAAUAGAGCCUAUGGACAUUGAUGAGGAAAACAGUAAGCUGGAUGGAGAUGAGAAGAUAAAAGAACUAAUCCGAGACAAGCUGCUGCCAACCAUUCUGCUGAUAAUGGAGAAAAGCAUAGGAAGGCCUUAUGUUCUUUUUUUCCCGGACGACCUUAAGGCAGUGACUCUUGAGUUUUUGCUGGAUCUGAUAAUCAAGGAGAACGGUUUAUUUCAUCCGUACUUACCUCGGAAGUCAAGGGAAAUAGUGCAGGGGUUGAAGAAGAAGUUCAAGAAUGCAAAAGGGGAAGAGCUUUUGCGGCUUGGCUCUGAACUUUUAAUGAUGUUCAGGAUUGUGUACUAA